AUGCACGCGUGGGUGAAGAAGACAGCCCAGAAUGAGCGCUACGUCGACACGAGCACGGUCGAGGCCGACCUCGGUCUUGGUAGCGUCGACUCGAUGCGCCUGAUGCGGUCCAUCGUCUCGUCUGCCCUCGAGCAGGAUGCAGUGGUCCGGGCGCUCCGGACAGUCCAUGUCGACGGCGACCUCGGCGACGUACGGACGGCGCUUUGGUCCCACGCGCCGUACAAGGACGACUACAUCGUCUUGUUGAGGAAGGACGGGAAGAACGCCCGACCCUUUAUGGUCACGGCGCGCGGCAUGGCGUCGAUCAAGACAACCUGCCGCGCUUUGCUCGUGUCGACCCACGACGUCGUCAUCGCCCACGGAGCACGACGUAUACAUCAAGGCCCACCGGCAAGUCAAGACGUCAAGAUGGGCGCCUCUCAAGUCGAAGUACUGCUCCGAGCUGUCGAGAAGAGCGGCUGCACGCGUCGUUUCCAGACAAGCGUGGUCGCCAAGAUGAAGACGCCACCAGCGACACAGAAGAGCCGUCACAAGAAGAACAAGGGUGGUAACCCGAAUUGUGUCACGCCAUCGACGCACCCCGCGACUGUCGCUCACCACGAGGCUGCAAACCCUUCCUUUUAUGGGGACAUCGACUAUGCGGCUAUUCUAGCGCAACGAAAGAAGACGGCCGAGAAGAACAAGACGGCCGAGAAGAGCAAGACGGCCGAGAUGAACAAGACGGCCGAGAUGAGCAAGACGGCCGAGAAGAACAAGACGGCCAAAACGUCGCUCGAAGCGGCUUCGUCUAGCAGUGCACCGAGCGACAUCAAGCCGCCGGCAGCCAUCCCGAGUCCGGCCGCGUCGCCGCUCACUACGUUGCAACAAGAGUUCAAGGCGAUCCGCGACGCCAAGGUGUCCGCCACAACGACGCGCCCCGACAUUUUCUUCCAGAAGGUCUUGGCUCGCAUCGAGAAGCAAGUGGAGCUCCCGGUCGUGCCGCCGCUCUUUACGUCGCCGAAGCAAUACCAAGACGUCUUUGGGCCGCUCGUCGUUGCGGAGGCGCUUGGCGGCCUCGACCUUGCCCCCGACAUGCGCAGCGCCGUGCGAGUGACGUGUGAAGGGUCGUGCAUCGUGUCGACCCCGUCUGGGACACACGGCACGACGACGCUGACCGAGGUGACGCUCGCGGUCUCGCAUCGCGGCACGAAGCCGCAUGACGUCGUCUAUUUUGCGGAUGGGCAUCGCCAAGGAUAUGGCGUCAUUCGCUCGUGCAACGACAAGGCGAUGAAGAUGCUGGUCUUGCCUCGCUGGAUGGACGGUGUGGGCACAUCGAUCAAGCUCAAGGCCAUCGGGAGCGUCACGACCUCCCUUCGGGAGUACAUGGCGGUCGCCUCCAUCGGCGAUAUCCCGCCGCACCUUCAAGCCGGGCUGCUUUCUGCGCCGCUCCGCUCGACGACCGCCAUUGCGGCCUCGUCGAUCGCCUCCAAGGACGGUCCCGUCGAGGCAAAUCUCGCCCAUCAGCAUGGGGAGAUGUCUGCCCACGACGUCGAUCCCACGUGCAUCCCAGCACCGUUGCGGGCGCGUCUCGCGGCUGAAACCGACCCGAGCCAGUGCAAGGCCGUCAACCUCGUCGCAAGCGAGACGCCCGGCAUCAAGCUGCUCCAAGGGCCGCCGGGCACGGGCAAGUCCCGCACCAUCCGCAUGGCGACAAGUGCGGUGCUCGCGGCGGCCGACGAGUCAGCCCGUGUGCUCUUGUGCGCGCCGUCCAACUGCGCCGUCGACGGCCUCGUGGCAAGCCUUCUGAAGGACGGUAUUUUGGGCCGCGACGGUCACGCCGUCGUUGUCACGCCGCCACAAUGUGUGUCGUCGGGUUCGGGCCGUGUCUGCACCGUUUUGCGCCUUGGUCGCGUCCAGGAAGGCGCUCCAGCAAUCGUGCAGCAGGCCUGCAUCGACAACGUCGUGGCCGCAGAGGUCGCAAGUCUCUCCGCGUCCAAAGAGCUGCAACGCGUGGGGCGGUACGAAGAAGCGAUCAACGUCAAGUUUCAAGCCUAUCGCGCCAACCGGAAGCCCAGCGCGGUGUCGGCUUCCGACGUGCAAGGCUGGCACCGUCAGCGCGAGGUGCUGCUGCAACAAAAGAACUACCUCAAGGCACAACUCUCGGCGGCGAAGUCCCGUAUCACGGCCGCGCUACUCGCCAAGGCGGACAUUAUCGUGUGCACGCUGUCGCAGUGCGGCAGUGAGCAGCUGCGCUCGAUUCCCCACGGGUUUGAUGCCGUCAUUGUCGACGAGGCGGGCCAAGCCACGGAGCCGAGCACGGCUCUUGCAUUAACGCUGCGCACCAACCGCGCGAUCCUCGUCGGCGACCACCGGCAGCUCAUGGCGACCGUCAUGGUCGAGGCUGCCAAAGACGGACUGCAGCAGUCGAUGUUUGAGCGGCUGUUCAAGCUCGGUGUGCCCUGCGUCGUCUUUGAGACGCAGUACCGCAUGCAUCCGUUCUUGCGGGAGUUCCCGUCCAAGGCCUUUUACAAUGGCAUUUUGUCGGACGGCCCUGUGAUUGCGACGCGGCUCCAUACGCUGGGCAUGCAAGUGUACAAGCACCCGUGCUACCAGCCGUUCGUGUUUUUCAAUACAGCAUUCCACCAAGACCGCGACGGCCAACUCAAAAAGCACGUCACGCGCAACUCGGCCGACGCUGCGUUUGUCAUCGACAUGGUUACGCACAUGAAGGAUACCGUCGACCUCGUCAGCCAUAAAACGUGGAUGAUCGUUCUGCUGACGCCGUACCGCGACCAGCUGGUCCUGCUGAGCGACAUGGUGACCAAACGAAAGUGGACGGACAUUGAGGUGCACACGAUCGACGGCUACCAGGGCCGCGAGGCGGACAUCGUCAUCUUUUCGGCCGUUCGGUCCCAUGGAAUCGGCUUUUUGAACUCGCCGCAGCGCCUGAACGUCGCCUUGACGCGGGGCAAGUUUGGCACUUACGUCGUCGGCAAUGCGUCUAACUUGUCGCAAAACGAGUUGUGGGCCAGCCUUGUGAGCCACGCCCGCUCGACGCAUGUUCUUUUGGACGUCGGCUACAAGUCGUUCCACCACGUCUGGAAGGAAGCCGAAGCCAACACAGCGCUCAAGGCGCACCAUCAAGCGGUACCCCCGCGACAAGGCUCGCGACUUGUUCUAUGUGCAUGUUCCGAGUUACAGGCGCACGCCAAGCUGCUCGUCGAGCUCAAGAGCACGAUGGCGCCCAACGAUCCGAAGCGCAAACGCAUGCCGAGCCCGGACGGAACCUCGCGUGUGGCCUGA